UUCCUCAUCCGACUUCUCUCUCUGUUUCACUUCUCUGCGACCCGAUUUUCACUCCCCAAGCUCUCUAUUGUCAUUCGCCGAAACCCUAGCUCCAAUGCCGAUGAAACGCUCUCGAAUCGGCAGGUCUUCAAGCUUCAGAGACACUGGAGUGCUCUCGCCGCCUAUCCAAUCGCCUGACAGCCGGCCGGAGAGGCGCGCAGCUCCACCCUCCGCCGCCUCUGCGAGGUCGCCAAGUAAAUCUCCUAAAGUUAUGAAGCCCUCUGUUGCGGAGAAUUCCACCGAAUCGAGGCCGAUUAUUCUGUCGCUGUCGUCUCCAGUUCAGGUGAAUGUUGGUGCUAGUCAUAAGGAGCCGAUCGGACAAUUUCUCGACAAAUGCUACUAUUGCCAGAGGAAGAUCCGCGAGAACUCUGAAGUUUACAUGUAUAGCUACUUGCGUGCAUUUUGCACUGUUGAAUGUCGUGAAAAGCAGAUAGCAGUGGACAAUAGGAUGGAGAAAGCCUCUGGGAAAUCUGAAGGGUUGCAACUCAGUCCUACGGGAUGAAGAAUGUGAAGUGCCAGUUUGUUUUUUGACCAGAAAAGCAUAUAGACUCUUUCCACCAUACAUAACUAAGUUUGUGUACUAACUGUGGCUGUGCAUAGCUGUCAGGUUUUUGAGAUUGGCUUGCACUUGGCACAGCAUGGUUGUUUGCGUUUAGUACUCUUGGAACAUCUCAGUGGGUUUGUACAGUUGCAGUACUUUGUUUUGAAAGGAAAGCACUAUGUUUCUGAAGUUCAAAUAUUUCAAACUUGAGUUUUAUUUUAGCUAUAAAUUGUGAUGUAAUAUUGUUCUUCGAUAUCUUAUCUGAAAAUUCACCCCACGUGUAUAUGUCCAUUAUUUAUUGGAUCUUUCUCUUCCUGGUGUAUAAAUCAUGCUAAUGUUUAAUGUCAAAAGUCCAAUACCGGCUAAUUGGUACAUAAAGUCAUGAGAGAUAUAUUUAGUAGUUUUUCUUCCCCAAUUGCUUAUUAAGUUUGAAACUGCUGGUCACAUGCUGUCUUGAUUAUCCUGUUUGGUUCUUGUAAAUGGAUGUGUACACCUGAUGUUAAAGUUGGACAGAUUGCAGUUCAUGUUUUAAUUUUAUUUUUCAUUUAUUGUGCUCUAGCUGAUUUGUGUUUGUGUUCUGUUUCUUCUUCUUCUUCUUCCUUAUUUUGGUGGUGUAGGAAUUUAUUCUUCUUCUUCUUCUUCUUCCUUAUUUUGGUGGUGUAGGAAUUUAUUCUUCUUCCUUAUUUUGGUGGUGUAGGAAUUUAUUCUUUCUUGUUUCUACCAAUACAUUUAUGUAAUGGUGAUGGAGUUUAAUAUUUAUCAAAAGUGGGAUGAGCUAGAUUAUGGAAAUGGAAUCAAGAUAAUGUGUCUCACCUAUAUAAUAAAAGGCUAAAAUUCUCCAAUGCUUAUAAUUACAAGAUUCUUUUACCCUCUAUUGAAAUACUUGAGUUGAGUAGGUCCUUUGCUUAUGCUCUGCAUUGAAAUGCUAAUUCUUUCAUAAGCUUAUAAUCUGGAAAUCACUUUCCUCUUGGAGAAUUUGUUGAUAUCAACUUUUGCUUCUACUUCUCGUUUUCUCUUCAUGUAACCAAACUUACUAACCAUUAAAGAAUUUUCCUUCUGCUUCCCAAUUCCCUAGUAUACCCAGUUUUCUUAUUACCUUGAGGUGGUCUACCUUACUUGGGACUCUACUUUAUUGUUCCGUUGGCUUGUUGUUUAUGUUAGGUGGUUAAUGGAUCUUAUUUCUGUUUAAGUUAAAACAUAUUCAGUAAUGUUUUUAAGCACUUCUUAGUUUCCUCUGAAAAACCUCGUGUGAGUUUUUCAGGACAUCAUCUCAUUCAAUAGUCUUCAUUAUAUAGCCUUUCUUUUUUUGGAGGAAAGAUAUUCAUCCAACUAGGAUUUUGGUAUAAGUUUUCCUGUGGAAACUCCAUUGUCACUUGGAUAAAUUAAUAGAAUGGUUACAAGGAAAGAAGAAAGACCUUUGUGAGGUAUUUGUUAUUUAAGAAGCAUGUAUUAUGUUCCCUGGGUGGCAAUUCUAGGUUUCUAGACAAAGGAAUUCACAGAAUUAGUUUACAUGGUUGUGAUAAAUGUACGGUUGGAAAAAUUGGGGGCAUGGAGGGAGUAUCGUGUAAAAAUCUCAUAAUUGGCUUAUAUCAAAUAUUAGGAUAUAGUCUCUUUAUUUCCCAUUUUUAAAAUUUCUUGCACUAGUCCCAGGAAGAGUAUUCUUGGAAAAUUGAAAGAAUUCCCCAAUCCCCAUGUUUUGUUUUCUACAAGCAAGAGAGUGCUGACCAAAUAAACAGGAUAAUGGCUUCAUGGAAAGAUCUAUAAAAAAAUGUUCACCUUAGGAUGGUCAAUAUUCUUAUUUGAGGUUGCUGGUUAAAUUAGACUAUUAAGGAAGGAUCUAAGAAUUCAAUUAUCCUCAAAAUUAGAAGUCAAGGAAAAAAUUGAUGUGGUGAAACAUGGUGGAGAAAGACAACUAGCUAUGGUUGAAUGGCCAGCCUUAAAAAAUUGAUAAAUAAAUACAACUGCAUGCCCGUUAGGUUGGAUAUUUUGUCAUGUUCUGCAAAUGAUAGAGGGUUUUGCUGUAGGAACUAACGAGCAUGAAAUUUGACUGGUAGCUAUUCUUGUGGCUCGUAAUUUGUUUUUCCGUUUUAAUUGAAGGUAGGCAUGUCCUCUUUAAUUGGCUUUCAUGAUUCUAGGUCUCUAUAUAUACUGCAUGGAAUAUGAAUAUAAUGGCAGCUGUUUAAAUAAUAUCUGAUAAGCUAGAAUUCCAUACAUUUUAAGUCAUUUUAUGUACUGUGGUCAGAAAUGGAAGGAUUAAUUACCUUGAAAUGAUGUCUGGAAUUUUUUGUGCUUUCAACAUGUUUUGUUUCAUACAAAAUAUUUCACCUGAGCUGAUCUUAACAAUUGAUAAUUUAAUUUGAAGGAGACAAGUUUGGCUCUGUUUGUGCAAGUGCGGUGGUAAAUCAGUGUCUCACACAUAUGGACGUUAUAAUCUUGCUUGGGGUUUGUAGGAGCAUCUUAACUUGCUUCACAAUAGGGUAAGUGUUCCCUGGUGAUGUUCCCUGUGCAGAAAAACAUAGGAGAGCUUGGCAGUUGGCACAUAUUUUCCGUUUUGGAUCACUUGCAUGAAAGAAAUGAACUGACUUUUAAGAGUUGGAGAAUCCCCUUAUAGAGUUAGAGUUUUUUUAUGUCCAUUUCGUACGGCUGGACAUGAAGGAGAUUGUUUCUCAACCUUGAGAAUUUCCUUAUUUUGUUGAAGUAUGGCAAAGUAGAACUUUCGACCUUCACAUCCUUGAGCAUCUUGGCCUUUCUGGAUCUUAUUAUUAUUUAUACAGGUUGUAUCCGCUUUGAAUGCUUUUAUUAAUAUAGAUGCAAAAAAAUAUACUAGUAUGAUCAGAAAAUUCCAUAAAGUUUAAAAUGUUAGUAGUGUGCUAUGUAGAUUGUCUUACAUCUAGAUAAGUGGAGGAUUUAGUAAAACUACAGUGCCAAUUGAAAUACCUCUUGAACGAUUCUGCAGGUGUUUCGUCCAUUCUUUACUGUGGUGGCGUCAGUGUCUAAAAAAUUUAUGGUUCAUUUCCAUAACUUUCCAGACAAAGAUCUCUGAAAUCCAUUUUAAUAUUUUGAGGGGGGAAGGUUGUUGUUUUGCUGCAUCAUGGCUGUGCUGUUUGUUAGACAACAUAAGGAAUGUGGAAAAAUAAUGUAUAAUACUCUGCUAUUUGUUUUGUGCCUAAAUUUUUCCUACUUCGUAAAAUCAUUUUAAGUCUAGACCAUUCUUGUAAGUCUUUAGGAGUAACAAGUGUUGGUUUUAUGUAUUGGCAGUACGUAAUUGAGUUUUGACUAAAAUUGGAUUGCGGAUCAAGAGGCUAUUUGUCAGAACAUUCUUUAAUGGAGGUUCCGUCAAAGGGUGGUGACCAUAGGGUAAAAACAGAAUAUCUAUAUUUUCCAGGGAUUCUAGCGUGUAUGCCAAUACCCUAGAAAUACUUAUGCUGUUGUGUUGGCAUUUCAUCUUUGCAAUAGAGAAUGAAGUACCUGACCGAGGGGCUUUAUAUAUGCCCACACCUCAUUUUCCACACAGAAUAUCCUAGUCCCUGAAACAUCCUCCGUAAAUUGGAUGGUAAAUCCAGCUGCAUUUCCCACGAGGAUUGGGUUUUUCUCAUGGAUGUUCAUGAAUGCUGGAUAAGAUAUUGAUUGAAAGCUUCCCAGUAAUAAGAUCUCUAUCAUUACAACUAAGUAGAUUACAUGGAGGAUUCCAUGUACAUCUAACAGUUUUCUUUCAAGAGUUGCUGCAAGUUCUGUCCUAUCAGGCAAUGUAUACGGUGCUUUCUCCUCUUCCUUGCUUAUACUUGUGCUCUUAUUUUAUUUCCUAAAACUAGCAUGAGUUAAAUUCUUGUCUGUUCUCUUCUCCUCUCCGUGGUGAUCGCUAUGCUCCAGCCUCCAGGCAGAGGAAGAGGAUUUGAUUUGUUGCUGUGCACAGAAGCUAUACCUAAGCUUGCUAUUAUUCUAUUAUAUCCUUGAACUUUUUAUUCGCCACUUAUUCUCUGAUCUUUUUAUCUUUCAGGUUUCACGCUUGACAGUCCUAACGGUAAUAAUUUAUUAUCAAGGUUCAUUUCACGAGCAAGUUGGAGGAUGUAUGAAUUUCUUCCUAAGGUAGUUGUAGCUUGUGAUAAUCCUUUAUUAGAAUUGGCACCUGCAUCUUUUUGUUUAUAUACCCGUUCUUAGAUGUUAUAUCAUUAUAUAUUUCAUAUUCUUAGAAAUCAGAGUAAAGUACGAAACUAUAAGCUAAAUAGCAUUAAUAGUGAUUGAA